UUGAAGGUGCCGUAUUGACACUUUCCUUUUAUAGCAAUUUAAUCAUGUGUUUUUAAGAAAGUACUUAACUAUUAUUCCGUUCGAGUGCGUGUAUGUCGUUGUAUUUUGCCUCUUGACGUUGGCGCAUUGAUCAGUGCGAUGCCCCAGACGCGGAACCGCCGACCGCCGAAGAUAAGUGAGCCCUCGAGAAAGGUCCCAGCCGACUAUGUGACCAACAAUGUUAAGGGAAAUGGUGGAAAUAAGGGCACGUCGAAAAUACCGAGAAAUAUCCGCUACGAUUUGGAAAAUGCUUUACUAGGGCUUUGUGACGUUUGGUUCGAGGAGAUAAAACCGCACCUAGUGAAGAACAAGUUAAAGCUCCACACAGGUGGCGCUCUGAACGAGAACGGCUACAGCGAGCUGGAGCCCCGGAGGGACGGCCACGCCCAGCUAGACCCAGGUGCUGCCUCUGAUACUCUCCGCCGGCCGGCCGCGAUCUCCAGAGCCUACUCGCUAACGCGGCCCGAUGCAUCGAAAGCGCCGCGUCCCAAGCAGCCCUUGCGAAUCUGCCCAACAAGUCCGACCAAUCUUCGUAAAUUACUGCAGGUACGAUAUGUACAUAAGAGGCAGCCACCCGUUCGGAAAGUCACCGCCCGUGAACACUCACCACCCACACUCGCUAUAAACUAUCCACGGAAUGUACACGAAUCAUCAAAACAGUGGAAGCAGCCACCCGUUCAGAAAACGCCCGUGCAGAGACCGCCAGCACCACCGUUGACACAAACCGGUAAAACUUAUCAACGGACCGUCCCAAAUUCAUCGAAACGGAAUCCGCCCCAGCGGGGAUCAUCACCACCUCCGAAACAAACAUAUCAACCAAACACCCGGACAUUACCAAAACAGGAGGCGCCCCCACAACGAGUAACGCCUUUGGCACAAACCUGCCAUCAGAUUAACCACUACGCAGCAGAACGGACAGAAUGGAAGCGGAACACAAAUUAUUAUGCGAGCAGCAAUCGAAAAAAAAGAAAAAGUGCGAGAACACAUAGAUCGACGCAGAUUCCCUCAUCAUCAGUUCCACCUCCAAGGCGUGUUGCGCGCCCGUGUUGCACCGCCUGCGUCUUAGCUAAGGACCAAACUGUCCCCAUCCCUCGACUUCCUGUUACCAAAUUUACUCCAUCUAAACCGCCUUCUAACAACAAGAAUGCUAAUUUUCCGCGCUGGCCCGCGCCCGAGCCUAAAUUCCCACAUAAAUUUCCCACACGAGAUUGUGCUGUUUCCAACGACUCGCCUAUCUAUACCACAAGCAUCUCACCAGCCGGCGACGUACCACCGUCUCUGGUUGCUGAGAGUCCCUUUUCUGCCUUGAAAUUACCUAGCAGAAAUUCGACAUAUGACCAUGCUAGUACUGCGAUAUCUCCAUCACAUUUUAGGAAAAAGUCUCCUUUCUCGCAUCAUGGUGCUCGUUUAUUACCAGCUCCCCUCCACGCUAAAUGUCUCGUGCCCCCCGAACAUCCUAUUGCAUCGCCACGAGGAAGUCAACCUGUCUCAAGAAAUGUAUCACCGGCACUUUCUAGUGAUGAGAUGUGGUUCCUUCGAGUUUUUAAUGAAUACACGAAACCCGAAAAUCAAACUAAAUCACCAAUAAAGGAGCCAACACUGCCGUGUCAUGAUACAAAAACCAGCAGGCGUACCAUCCCCAUUCAUAAUGAAAAUAAAUUGCUAUUGGAAGAUACAAGUUCGUUAUUCUCUAAGGAUUUAAUAGAUUUAAUAGGAAAUAAGAAUGACAAGAGAUUGAGAAUGCUGUAUAAGAAUCCAUGCGGACAGGAGUCGCAAUCAUCAGUAAUGUGUUUGGCGGGGUCUCGGAAAAAAAGAAUAAAAUCCACACCUAAGAAAAUGCCGUGGAGGUAAGGUUCGUGUACUAAGGGUGAC